ACUGCGCAAGUACUCGCCAUGGCAGCAUGGCCCUGGCGCUGCCCUCAUCUCCUCCGCCUUCACCGGCGGCACCGCGGCUCCCGGCCACCAGCAGCACCAGCACGACGGGUUCUCCAUCAGCGGCCCCCCAUCCGACCCUAACGCCAAGCGUUGCGACAGCUCCGGCAAGAAGCAGCAGUUCGAAGCCUUGUGGAGAAGCACGAGCAGUACCUGGUUUUUGUGCCCUCCCCUCAUCUUCCUCAACAUGCAAGGCAAGAUUCACUUCUGAAAUUUAGUUUCCUAUUUCUUUUGGGUGAACAGAAAUUUGAUCCAAUGGAUAGUGGUCGGAUUUAGGCAAGUAAGCAACUCAGUUUGGUGUUUGAAAUUCCUUUAUCUUUGCAGAAGGUAGACACAAAUAAAGCAGCCCUGCCUAUUCCAAAUAAACAGUCUGAUUCUUGCACCAUAUCAAGGCCAGGAAGGAUUUAUUGUGCUAAUUUGGAGUGGAACCAUGCCCGAUCUGCAACAUAGGCACUCAUUCAUAGCUCUAUUGCAUAUUUUUUUCUUUUUCAUUUAGUGCCUUGUAAUUUGUCAUUGUGCGCUCGGUUUUGACUCUUUUUUUCUUCCGACUCAGUUGAAAUCCUUACCUGUCCAUACAUCUUCCUUUGCUGUCCAUACAUCUUAAAAGAAUCAGUAUACAUUUUGAUCCUACAUGUACUGUUCAUAUAGGGCCCACGUGCAAUCCGCAUAUUAUUUAGGUGGUACCCACGUAGUAUUUAGUUGAAUCCACCCACAAAAUAUAUUUAACUAUUUUCUACAUAUGAAAAUAAUAACCAGACUUCAUAUACUACGUUCACAUGUGGUAGUCUCUACUACUUAUUGGAUUUUGCUUUCACUUCGUAAACUCGCAAAAUAUAAUUGAAUCAUUCAUUCAUUGCCAAUCUUAUUUUUUUACCUACCAAAACCAAUAAUUAGUAUAAGUUAAUCCAUCAACUAUACCUAGUUUUUUCAAUGAGGCCUGAAUCGUGAGGCCCACCAAAAUAUCGUCAAGCCCGCUUAAAUAGUUUCCUUUAGAGAAGAAGAGAGACAGCCUACUGGCCCAACCAAACCUGUUUCUGAGAGAAACUGACCCAGUUAGUAAAGGCAGUUCGACGCUGGAUGGCAGGCUCCUCCCUUCUGUUCCCGGCGUCGGCGGACGGCGGCCCCCGGCGAAUGAAUGGAGGGAGGAGCGCGGGUACUCCCGACGACUAUGGUGUUGUGAAGCUCAGAGAACGUCCUGUCUCCUUUCUCUUUCUCCCAUUGAUGCUCUUUCGCAUCUCGUGUGGUACUCUCCGCACCCGCUGGCAGCACCGGCGCCCACCGCCUGUUCGAUGGAAUGCCCCGGAAACGACGAUCGAGCAUCCCAUCGGCGCCCUCCCGCAGCACGUGCUCUCCUCUCCGUCGGCGCAUCAGGGCGUUCGUACCUGUGCGCCUGCCCGCCAGCACCUGGCGCGGCCUCUGGAACGGAGGUCCCGCACCCAUCCAGCGAGUCACCUACACCGACGGAUGAUGGAAGUAGGUCCAGAAGAGGAGUUCGGCAACGUUGCCAGCCAUCAGUGUAUGCACCAAAACGAUGGAGGUAAGAGUUCUACAAUGGUCUCAGUUUGUCUUUACAGCUAUCGGUUCUCAACCUCAUCAGGAUCUUGCAAUACUGUCAUGGUAUUUUCUCUGCUCGCCUGUUCCUAUUUACUUCUUUUGUUAUUAUAGUAUAGGGAGAAGAUUCAGUGUUCGACGCCAAAGUUACUUUGUUUUGUUUUGCUCAAGCUGCUUCGGAUGUCAUCUUUCUCCUGACAAUAUAAGCUUGUAGAAUGUAGAGCCUAAUAAACUUAUUUAUGCAGCGAUAAGAGCUACUCAAGCAUUCUGCCUGCUCGAUGAAAUGUUCAGUUCAGCGGAUCUGGCCUCAGCGGCCAUUGGUAAUCAUUGUGUUCAACUUUUCUGAUAUGUUUAGACAAGUGGACCCAUGGGUCGUCCACUACUCUGCUUUCUGUCGUCAACUUGUACUAGCAAGAGGAGUGCUUUUGUCAUGGAGGGGAGUGUCUCUUUGUGCUAAGAGUUGUUGGACACAUCAUCCUCACUAAAAUCAUAGGACACAGUGGAUGUCGUAGCCACUGGAGCUGCCAGAUGCACCAUUUGUCUCUCUGCUGUUUUGCUAAGCUGCAGCACCUACCUUCUUCAGUUCUGCAUCCUGAACCCAGAAUUCUGUGAUAGUUCAAGCAUGAUGAAAUGCAGUACCAUGUUUGGAGUUGUGGACUAGGAGAAAGAAGCUGAUCCAAGCUGAAACUCAAGGAACUUGACAAGAGAAGUUUUGAAAUAUGACCGGACUAGAGGCAGCUUUAGCAUCUGGACUAUUGAAGGUUGCAGCCAACAAGUUAGUUUCAUUGAUUGCCAGCGAAUUCGCCUCCAUAAUGGAUGUAACAAAUGACCUCUCCGAGCUCCAGGAUAUUCUUGCGGAGAUUAGAAGCUGGCUGUUCACAGUUCAUGACAGAGCAAUAUAGAUUAGAGAGCCAUCAUGUCAAUGGGUUAUAAAAUUGAAAUUUGUUGCUUAUGAUAUUGAUGAUUUACUAAAUGAAGUCUACAUAGAGGCUGAGAAAUACAAAAUAGGAAGGAAUGGUGUAAAGUAUUCUAUAACUGAUGGUUUCUGCACAAAACCAAAGCUGUUUCUGUUCCGACGCAAGAUGGCCAAUAAGAUCAAGGCAAUCAAGGAGAGAUUCUCUGAGAUUGUGAAGCAAAGAAAAGAUGUCAGUGCUAUAGUGAAUAGUUUGCUUUCUUAUCAACAUCUUCAGAGAACAAAGAGGACACAUGGGGAGUUGUCCUUGUUGGGCAAUGUUGAACAAUCAAAAAUACCCAUAAGGAAUCCGGAGAAGGAUGGUAUCAUAUCUAAGCUUAUAGAAUCCAAUGGAGAGAAUGCGUGGAUAGUUUCUAUUGUCGGGUUGGGUGGGUCUGGCAAAACUACGUUGGCCAAACUCAUCUGCCAUGAUGAAAAGAUAAAGAAGCACUUCAAAGAUACAAUAUUUUGGGUCCAUGUGUCUCAAGUGUUAGAUUUAGUCCCACAUUGGAAAUUGAUGGUGGGGGAGCCCAAUAUAUAAGGUGGGGCAGUUCUCACCCAUCAGGCUAGUCUUUUGGGUUGAGUUAGACCUGAAGCCUUGGUUGGUUGGGCUCUGGUGGACCUGAGGCCUGGUAGGGCGCCGGCUCGUGGGUAUAGCGGGCCGAGCCGCAUUCCGCUGCGCACUCUAACAAGUGGUAUCAGAGCCGAAGGUUGAAAAAUCUGGAAUAUCUCCGGGGUCACAUGGUGACGGGGGAGCCCGUGAACGUCUCCGGGUGGUCGCACGGGUUGUGUGUGGCUGGAGGGUUGGACUCGGGGCCUGGAGAACGUCUUCCGGGAGAUCACAUGGGUUGUAUGUGAUGGAAGAGUUAGGCCCGAUGUGUGGCGGGGGAGAUUGUUAGAUUUAGUCCCAUAUCGGAAAUUGAUGGUGGGGGAGCCCAAUAUAUAAGGUGGGGCAGUUCUCACCCAUCAGGCUAGUCUUUUGGGUUGAGUUAGGCCUGAAGUCUUGGUUGGUUGGGCUCUGAUGGACCUGAGGCCUUGUAGGGCGCCGGCUCGUGGGUAUAGCGGGCCGGGCCGCAUUCCGCUGCGCACUCUAACAUCAAGAAUUUAGUGUGGAAAAACUUAUUGGCAAGCUUUUUGAAGCUAUUUUUAGCAAAAGUCAGACCUUCAAACCCAGCAGUACAUGGUCCAUGCGAUUUCAAGCAAAUUGAGUGGUAAGAAAUUUCUUCUUAUCCUGGAUGAUGCUUGGCAUGAUGACCUUCUUGAUUGGGAACAAUUCAUGGUUCAAGUAAACUGUGGAACACCUGGAAGCAAUAUUCUGUUAACUACUCGAGAUCAAAAGGUUGCAGAAGCAGCAAAAUCUAGGCAUAUAUUCAACUUGGAAUUCUUAUCAGAGGUUGAGAGUUGGGACUUGUUUCUCGAGAAUUCUGGGUUGGUGGAGGAAGAUUUGGACUCUGAGUUUAUACAAGUUGGAAAAGAGGUUGUGAACAAAUGUGGUGGGGUGCCACUAGCAAUCAAAACUCUUGGAGGUGUCCUCAAUGACAGGAGGGAAAUAAAUACUUGGAGGGCCAUAAAAGAAAGUGACUUAUGGAAUAUUGAUAAUAUAAAAGACAGAGUGUUUGCAUCCUUGAAAUUGAGCUACUUUCAUAUGCCAGAUCAUUUGAAGCAGUGCUUUACAUUUUGCUCUAUAUUUUCAAAAGGCUAUGAAAUCACAAAAGACCACUUGAUUGCCCAAUGGAUAGCUUAUAGAUUCAUCAAUCCAAUGAAUGAUGAGCUGCCAGAAGAUAUUGGAAGUGCUUACUUUGACUCUCUUAUGAAACUCCGCUUUCUUCAAGAUGCAUGGAGAAAUUUUUAUACUUAUCAACUAGUAUACAGGAUGCAUGACCUGAUUCAUGACCUCACUCGACAAAUUUUACAGCAUGAAGUAAUGACAUCUCUGCGGAAGAAUAUGACACCAAAUUGUAUUCUCAGAUGUCGAUACUUAUGUUUGACUUCAUCUACUGAGAAGAUUUGCAGGAACUUAUUUGACAAGGUCCAUUCUCUCUAUGUCUCUAGUGGUAACCCAUCUUUUGACAAACCGAUUAAGUGGUGUUGCAAUGUCCGUAGUGUUGUUCUGGAUUAUACAAUCUACGCACCUUUUCCACUGUUCAUACUGAAGUUUGAAUUUCUUGGUUACCUAAAAAUAUGUAAUGUUAGUUGCAUGGAACUUCCAGAAGCUAUCUCAGGCUGUUGGAACUUGCAGACACUUCAUGUUAUGCAUUGCAAAGGCUUUACAGGGUUACCUGAGUCUAUUGGAAAGCUUAAGAAGCUGAGAACUCUAGAGUUAUUGAUGGUUAAUGAACUUAAGAGUCUACCUCAAUCUAUUGGUGAUUGUCAAGAUCUCCGAUCCUUGCAGCUCUAUUUCUGUCACAAGCUCAUUGAGAUACCCAAUAACAUAGGUAAUAUUGAAAACUUAAGGGUACUUGAUAUUGUCAACAGUUCAUGUGUGUACUGCCAGGUGCAAGAAUUUAUUGGGAAGCUUAGGAACCUAGAGAGAAUUAAUUUAUCUGGUUGUCACUGUCUCCAUGAUCUUCCAAGAACAUUUUCCUGCCGUACAUUGCGCAAUCUGAAUCUUUCCCGGACCAGCAUUACCUUACUACCUCCAUGGGUCACAUUGAUUGGUACUCUAGAACGUAUAGAGCUGAACCUAGUGGAGUUGCCUCAAGGUAUAGAAAACUUAAGAAGGCUCGAAGUUUUGAACAUAAAUGGUUGUUUGAAACUUCGUUGCAUACCAUCAGGAUUUGGACAGCUGACUCGUUUAAGAUGGUUGGGCCUGUUUGUUAUUGGCAGUGGUGGAAAUGAUGCGAGGAUAUCUGAACUUGAAAACCUUGAUAUGAUUAGUGGUUGGUUGAGAAUUCAGAACCUCAAAUACAUAAAAGAUACAGCUGAUUGCAAGAAGGCUUCCCUGAAGAAGAAGAAAAACAUACAGUCAUUGACAUUGAACUGAUCUCGAUGUGAGAUGGAGGAAGAAUUUGCGUCAGAUAUUGAACAAGACCUGGAUGUGCUGGAGUCUCUUGAACCACCGUCAGGAAUUGGUUUCUUACAAAUUAUUGGUUAUCAAGGUCCCUAUUUGCCAUGUUGGAUGAGGAAGCAACGCGAUUCUUUGUGUUUGGAGGCUAUUAUGUCAAAGCAAACCAGCCCAUCACAAUUCCUUUGGCUAAUCGAAUUAUCACUGGAAUUCUUGCCGAACUUGAAGUGUCUCCAAGGACUUGUAGAGUUGCCUUUGUUGAAGAAUUUAUCGUUGACCGGAAUGCCUAAUUUGGAAGAGCUAUGGAUUACAAGUGGUUUGGAAAUUGGACAGGAAGAAGUGCGAGUUCAGUACUGUUUCCCCGUGCUCACCAAUUUAACUGUAAAGCGCUGCCCGAAACUGUAUGUGAAGCCCUAUUUGCCACCAUGUUUGGAGAAGUUGACAGUGGAAAGAAGCAACGAGCACUUGCUGUCCUCAAGUAGUUUGUUCUCUUGUCCUCUAAAACCAGAUGUCGACAAAUCCUCACCCUCCUGUAGUGUGCUUGGGGUGGUUCCUUGUCUCAAGGAACUGAGACUAGAUGGACUGACGGUCUCAUCAUCGGUUUGGGAAGUUUUGCAUCACUUCAGUGAACUGGAGCUCUUGGGCAUUCAUGGCUGCCCUGACAUGAGGCAAUUACCUACGAGCAUUGGCAGCCUCACCUCCCUCUGGCAGCUACAGAUCACAAGAUGCUCUCUUUGCAUGCUGCCUGAGGGGCUCCAGCACCUGACCUCCAUUCAACACCUUGAAUUGGCAGAAUGUGAUGCGCUGACCAUGAUGCCAGAGUGGAUAGGACAACUUUCCGUUCUUCAGUCGCUCCGUAUCAGCGAAUGUCCAGCCCUUGAAUCCCUGCCCCAGUCCAUUAAAUGUCUUGCAGCCCUCCAAGAAUUGUUCAUUUUUGGCUGUCGUGGCCUGACCAAGCGUUACGAGGAAGAAGUCGGGGAUGACUGCAACCUUAUCUCCCAUAUUCCUAGUGUGAGGAUAGUUGAUUUGGAGCUGCUAGCUCGGCGUCUCGGAGCCUGUACAUCUGUUAACCCUUGAGUUAGGGGCUAUUGGGGAUGAAAUUGGAUGUCAUCAUUAAUGUGCUGCCGCCUUGGUGCCCUCCCCUGCCUCCACCAACAAUAUCUGAGCCCUGGAGCCCAUGACCACCAUAGCUUAUGGCAAAACCACCUGUUGCGUUGGUGCUGGUUGAUUCGGUGUCGAUGUGUGGAUGAAAUGAGGUUCAUUUUUAAAUUUUCUCUGCCCUCUCAGCACAAACUGUUUAUCUGUACUUUUACCUUUUCUUCCCAUUUGUUCAGCCCUCUUGUAUUAAUAAAAUACACCUGGGGUUUUCCGCACAAUUUCUGAGUUUGAAAAAAGGUGAAGUCUCUUA